AUCUAACAACACAAAAGAGCUCUGCUCAUCUCUCACUUCUCACCAUGCAAAAGAGUGCUUCAGCUUCUUCUUUAGGCCCAGGGGGUCUGGACCUAUCUGAUAUGUUCUUCAAACCAAUCCAAAACACAUCCCCACCAUCACCCACCAAACGCCGCACUAAAAUUUCUGUUAUUGGUGCUGGCAAUGUAGGCAUGGCAAUAGCCCAAACAAUCUUAACCCAAGACUUAGCUGACGAGAUUGCCCUUGUUGAUGCCCAACCUGAAAAGCUCCGUGGAGAAAUGCUUGAUCUCCAACACGCUGCUGCUUUUUUACCCCGCACCAAAAUUAUGGCGUCCACUGAUUACAACGUCACUGUUGGAUCUGAUCUUUGUAUUGUUAGUGCUGGGGCUCGACAGAUUGCGGGGGAGUCUAGGUUGAAUUUGUUGCAGAGGAAUGUUGCUUUGUUUCGGGGAAUUAUACCUCCGCUUGCUAAGUAUUCUCCCGGGAUGAUCUUGAUGAUUGUGUCGAAUCCUGUUGAUGUGUUGACUUAUGUGGCGUGGAAGUUGUCGGGGUUUCCUUCGAAUCGAGUUGUUGGAUCUGGUACGAAUCUGGAUAGUUCCAGGUUUCGGUUCUUGAUUGCAGAUCACCUUGAUGUCAAUGCCCAGGAUGUGCAGGCCUCCAUUAUUGGCGAGCACGGGGAUAGUUCUGUGGCAUUAUGGUCCAGCAUAAGUGUUGGGGGAGUGCCCGUGUUGAGCUUCUUAGAGAAGCAGCAAAUUCCAUAUGAGAAGGAGACAUUAAUCUCAUGUGGGCCAAGGCCAGAGACCCCACUAGCCCUGCCUCCACCACUAUUUUUGGAGCUCCUGGAGCACAGUAAGAAAGGGUAA